AGCCAGGCCUCAGCUGUGGACUCAUCCGCCUCUCGGGUGGCUCUAUUGGCUCUGGCCCCGCAAGGGUAGGCUCCAUUGGUUGCCCAGCUGGCACUGACGUCCCCUCGGAGCCGGGUGGCAGUCGGAGGUAAAUAGCCAUGUGCAAUCCUCCUCUCUAUAUUUAACAGCUGCUACAGAGAAGGUGGCGGCUCUUGUCUUCUGGAGAAGGCCCUUGCAACUGGGCUGGGACUGGCCUUCUCAGAGUGAGUGAGGUCACCAUGCCAGCUUCCCAGAGCCGGGCCCGUGCCAGGGACCGCAACAAUGUUCUCAAUCGGGCUGAGUUCCUGUCCCUGAACCAGCCCCCCAAGGGGACCCAAGAGCCCAGAAGCUCAGGUAGGAAGGCCUCAGGGCCCUCGACACAGCCCCCACCCUCUGGCGACGGGGCCCGGGAGCGUCGCCAGUCGCAGCAGCUGCCCGAGGAGGACUGCAUGCAGCUGAACCCCUCAUUCAAGGGCAUCGCCUUCAACUCCCUCCUGGCCAUUGACAUCUGCAUGUCCAAGCGACUAGGGGUGUGUGCCGGUCGGGCUGCAUCCUGGGCCAGUGCCCGCUCCAUGGUCAAGCUCAUCGGCAUCACGGGCCACGGCAUCCCUUGGAUCGGGGGUACCAUCCUCUGCCUGGUGAGAAGCAGCACCCUGGCCGGCCAGGAGGUGCUUAUGAACCUGCUGCUAGCGCUGCUCUUGGACAUCAUGACAGUGGCUGGAGUCCAGAAGCUUAUCAAGCGCCGUGGCCCCUAUGAGACGAGCCCUGGACUCCUAGACUACCUCACAAUGGACAUCUACGCCUUCCCUGCCGGCCAUGCCAGCCGUGCUGCCAUGGUGUCCAAGUUCUUUCUGAGUCACCUGGUGCUGGCGGUGCCCCUGCGUGUGCUGCUGGUGCUCUGGGCCUUCUGCGUGGGCCUGUCACGGGUGAUGAUCGGACGCCAUCACAUCACAGAUGUGAUUUCAGGCUUCAUUAUUGGCUACUUCCAGUUCCGCCUGGUGGAGCUUGUGUGGAUGUCCUCUAACACCUGCCAGAUGCUCAUAUCUGCCUGGUGAGCCAGCACCCACCACCCACCCAGGCUCUGGGCAGAGCUUGGUCUCAGAGAGGUGGCUAGAAGCGGGUCAGUGGGGAUGGACUGACUCAACUUCCCCUUCCUGGUUGGAGGCUGGCUUGUCAGUACUGUGGGACUUCCUGUCUUUUUCCCUUGGACUCUGAGGCAGCCAGGACGACUCACAUGGGCUGUCAUGCUUAGCCUCCAUUCUUUGUCUGAAGACAACAGACAAGAACAAGAUGGCCAUAGGAGGGGCAGAGUCUGGUCCCCUCAUCACUGAAACAGCAGUCUUACUGUACUCCCACUCCACAGCACAAAGCUUACCUAACAGGUGUUAGCAUAUCAGUGGUCACCGACAGUAUUGGGUGCCUGGGGGCCCCAGCCUGCAAGAUAUUUCUGGGGGAAAGGCUCUUGUGGUCCAGUGCAUUUUGGGAAGUACUACAUGCUGCUCCCAUAGUAGAUGUUCACAAGGGCAUAGAUAUUUGUAAAGGCACUGAUGUGUCCUAAUGAAAAAUCAACUGUUCAAGUCAUGUUUAACUCAAAUGUUCAUAAAUUUAUUUGGUCAUAGGAGCCUUUCUCCAGGAAUAGCCAUUGACCCACCAAGGACCUAGUGAAUUUGGGGAGCUGCUGCCCAAGAGCCAAAAGGCCUGGGGCAUGAGCUGGCCUCUCCCACAACACCCAGCCUUGAAGCCUGGGGAGAGCAGGUGCCCAUGUUGAGACCUACAGAAAGCCCCUGUCAUGGUCUCUGGGCACUGGUGCAGCUUUGGCCCCCAGGGGCCGGACUCUGUGAGACCUAAUAGGUCGUUUCCAAGUCAGCCACUUACGGAUGCGCAUUUCAUGUGACAAUACAGUAAUAUGCAAAGGGA